CUGUUAGAGGAGAGAGGCAGCGUCUCACUGAUGCUGAGUCACAUUACAGAGGGACCACAGCCGCAUCCCAUGAGUCUUUGGGAAUCAUGGAGGAGCUUGAGCACACCUGCCCUCAUCCCCGGACGACUCUGACAGAACCUGCCAUCUUUGCCCGGGAGACCAGUUGUGAUUGUCGCGCCCCUCAUGAGAAACUCACCAUCGCUCAGGCCCGCCGAGGCACCCCAGUGGACCGGCCAGUCAGAGUAUACGCAGAUGGCAUCUUUGAUCUGUUUCACUCUGGACACGCUCGCGCUCUCAUGCAGGCCAAAAAUCUCUUCCCCAACACCUACCUCAUAGUAGGAGUGUGCAGUGAUGAGCUGACGCAUAAGUACAAGGGUUUCACAGUCAUGACGGAGAUUGAACGUUAUGAAGCGUUGAGACACUGCCGCUAUGUCGAUGAGGUUUUGCGAGACGCACCCUGGACUCUCACACCAGAGUUCCUAGAGAAACACAAGAUUGAUUUCGUGGCUCACGAUGAUAUCCCAUACUCCUCAGCAGGAAGUGAGGAUGUCUAUAAACACAUCAAGGAGGCAGGGAUGUUUGUGCCGACACAACGGACAGAGGGAAUCUCAACAUCUGACUUGAUUACUAGAAUUGUCAGAGACUACGACGUCUAUGCCCGACGCAACCUCCAACGUGGCUACACAGCCAAGGAGCUUAACGUCAGUUACAUCAACGAGAAGAAGUACCGGCUGCAGAACCAAGUGGACCGAAUGAAGGAGAAGGUUCGCACAGUGGAGGAGAAGAGCAAACAUUUUGUUUACCGUGUGGAGGAGAAGAGUCACGACCUCAUUCAGAAAUGGGAAGAGAAAUCCAGAGAGUUUAUCGGCAACUUUCUAGAACUUUUUGGACCUGACGGGACUUGGAAACAGGUGUUUCAGGAGCGCAGUGGACGAAUGCUGUCUUACGCUCUAUCUCCCCGAGAGUCGCCUUGCAACAGUCCUCCCCGCGAACUGUCCCCCCUGCGUUCUCCCUCACCCCCGUCUCCCCCUGUCCGCUGGCACAAUGCACGGCCCUCGCCCCCAACCUCCCCCAAAGGAGCAUCUGCCUCUAUAAGCAGCAUGAGUGAAGGUGAUGAAGAUGAGAAGUAGACUGAUUGUUGAACACACUUAAACACACACACACAC